AUGACUUUCCUCGUUUUCUUUGCUUUGCUUACUCUCGUUUCGGCGAAAAACGAUUGCACCCAGGACACCGAUAUUUUCAAUAUUAUAUUUGCUAAAAGCGGAGCUGGCGAUAGUAAACCAGAAACGGAAGAGAUCCUCUCGAUCGAAGUCGGUUUCAACAUUCAACGAAUGAAUCUCAUCCCACACUCGAAUGCCAUUCAUUUGGAUGGGUUUUUCACGAAAAAGUGGACAAAUCAAGAUUUCUAUUACGCUCACCAAAAUCCGUGCAGCUCGGCGGUGUCCAUCAUGAAGAAAAAGGAAAAACUGUGGGUGCCUGAAGUAGCUUUUGUUAACGGAGAUGGUCUGAUUCUUCAUCGACAUUCGAUCAUUUUUGAAGCUCACAAAAAUGGAACCCUUCUUUAUGGGCAAAGAAUCGAGGAGAACAUUCCCUGUACAACGGAUGCCUUUGAGUACCCGUGGGGCAACACGACUUGCAUCGUCGUUUGGAGGAAUGAAAAUGUUGCCAAAGAUUCGAUGAGAUUGACCUGGGACACCUCUUCAUUUCAACAAGCCGCUAUUGGACCGCAAACGGUGGGCGACCUUGAAAUGAUUCAAGUCGACUUCAGUGUUAGAGAUCACGAAAAAGGAGAGAAAACACAUGAUGAACUCGUUUUGGCAUUCUUUUUCAAGAGAAUCAACAACAAGACGAUUCUUCUGUUUUUCGUCCCAUCAGUGAUGUUCAUCGCGAUGAGUUGGCUAUCGCUCUUACUUGGCCCAAUGGUGAUCACUCGAGCGAUUCUCGUAGUCGGGUCGAUGACUCUACUCAAUCUUCAUUACUAUAUGAACAUGGCUGGAUUGCCGGCUACUCCCGGGAUCACUUCUUUAGAUAUUUGGAAGAUCUUUUCCCUUAUCUUUGUCUUUGCCGUUUUGAUCGAGUUGGUCUCCGUUAGCUGUAUGGCGUCUAUUGGAAGAUCAAGAAGACUUCAAUCGUGUUGUCGAAGUCGAACGAAAAAGGGAAAAUACGAGAUGGAACCACUUUAUGAAGAGCUGAAUGAUUUACGGCAGAGAAAAACGAGACGGACCUCUCGUUGUUGUCGUUACUCGGCGCUCGCUGUGGACACAUUUUGGUUUUUCGCCUUUCUCUUUAUUUUCCUCGUUUUUGUCGCUUUCUUCUGGAUGAAAAGCCCGGAAAUCGUGCGAUUUGUCUCGAAUUUGAAACCGGAACAUAUCGAAAUACCAAACUAUUUCCAA